AUGCAAAACAGACGGGAAAGACAAUUAGAGACGGUGAAAAACAGCCCGUGUUUGGUCAUCUUCAUAGUGACACAUUGUGCAUUAUGCGGUUCACCAAACUUCCCAAAACGUUUAAUAGGGCGGAGGAUACAAACACAAGGACGACGGCUAUCAACACUAUGAAAUUGAUCAUAUAUCACAAAAGAAACGAAUGAUUAAAAGUCUUACGUGAGUUUCAAACGUUGCUCAAUAAGCUAAGGAGAAAUGUAGUGAAGUAAAUAUUAAACAGUAUACUUAUACACUGCAAAAAAUGUUUGAGUAAAAUAAUGCACCCAUGCACAGUGACCCAAAAUAGUGAGUAAAAUUAAAUUACUCAAAUUUAUGAACAAGUUUACUCAUUUUUUUAGUAAAAUAAAUCACUACUCAAAAAAUUGAGCAAAUUUGAAACUUCACUCAAAACUAAUUUGAGUAAAGUUGCUCAUAACUCUGAGAGUUUUACUCCAAAUUUUGAGUCACCGUGCAGGGUGCAUUAUUUUAUUCAGGUUUUCGAUUCAAAAUACUCAAAAGACUUUUUGCAGUGUAAAAAUAUAGCAUUGUGAUUUGUGUUUUUACUUCCGUCAAUAUUUUCACUCCUUCGCUUGUUGUCCCCUACUUGGCCCCAACAUUGGCGAACAAGACCUGGUCAAAUGGCGCGAAAAAGGCUAACUAAGUCGCUAUAUGAGCAGUUAGAAUGCGACAGUGUGCACUGCAUAAUCUAUUUUUUGUUUUCACUGUAGUUUUUCGAAGAAUAUUGCCUGGAUGCUGAGAGAAGUAUAAACUCUGGCAGUUGGUUGUGUGCUUCUGGGAGUUCUUUUUUCAACCAUAAUUUCGUUUCAUACUGUCCAGUUGAGGAGGCCAAACGCUUGGAUGGACAUGGAACACUUAUCAGGUAAAUAAGGAACGAGACGGUGAAUAUUAUCUAUAGUGUGCUUUUCUGUAUGAAGAUAAAAUGCCUUGUAACCAGAAGAAAUGUUAAAACAUACUCCACUUGUAUUCUUACCGGACGAGGUUUUCGUAUCUUAUCCAAUUUUCACAUACCCAAAAUUCAUGCAUACUGUAAAGUGAAUAGAGUUUGAUAUCUACAAGUAAGGUGCUUCUUAGCGUAAAAUGUUAACUUAUUCAACACACGGAUGCAGGUAGACAUCACUUAGCCAGUACCUAUGUGCAGUACGUACUCUAAGUUGUCAGUUGUCCCACCCCAACUUUCUCUCUGGACCUAUUUCGAUGAGGACAAAUUAUAAUCCGAGGUAAGAUACAUAGACAUCGAUAUUUUUUAGAAAAUAUGUGCCAGCACUUCGUGAUUUUCCUGAAAAGUAUAUCCAUGAACCGUGGACUGCUCCGUAUGAUAUUCAAGAGAAAGCAAACUGUACUAUUGGUGCAGACUAUCCAGACAGAAUGUUAGAUCAUAUUGAAGCUAAACAACGCUGUGUUGAAAAACUGAGAAAAUUUCACAAAGAACUCGUUCACCCAA